GGAAGCGACAGUGUCUGCUACAAAAUCCACCGCACGGAGCCACGUACCUCUCUCUCUCUCUCUUAAUCUGCAAGCUUACCCCUCCUAACCUCCAAACAUAUUUAACGGAGCCAGCCACCCAAUCCCACUGCUCAACCACAGUUGCCUGGAGAAAGAUGCAGGAUUCCGGCAAACGCCGAACUUUCCGACGACUGUGGCGCAAGACUGGACCGGAGAGGGAGUGAACUCGAGUCUCAGCGGCAUUAAAAAAGAGUGGUGUCCGCUCUUCUUCCCCUUUAUUCUUGUCCUGCUUUUCUCUUCCGGAUUUCACACGGCACGGGGAAAGAAGGACUUGUAGACACAGCAGCAGGACCACCCCUCUCCCAUUUCCACGCGUUUCGAAUCUGUGCUGCGGAGGUCUCAGACGUGCUUGAUCCACUCUCUUGUUCUUCGACCACCAUUGUCAGGGGGUUUACGAACUAAUUAACCGCACUGCCUUUUUUCUGCUGGAAGAAUUCAGGAUUUGUUGUGGCUGAGAUUGGUGUUCUUGGUAAUGACCGAGAUUAAUGCAUUGGAGAUUUGGAGGAUGGUUGUGAUCACUAAGACUUUGAUCUCUACUUAUAUUGAUCGAAGUGCUCGAAUCAAGUAUUAAGGUGGCUUGGUAAGUUGCAGUGAAAUUUAUACUGCGGUUGUUCAACUUCGGAAUCAAAUCGGUAGCAGAGGAACUGAGAAAAGAGAAUGGAAGAGCAUGGUAACCUUCAUGGGCGACGGUGGGCGUCCGACACUAUACCGGGAAGUAGGCGGUUGGCGGGCAGCGGAUCAGACACGGAGGAAGACUUCGUCGAGGUGACGCUCGACUUCCACGACGACACCAUCGUGCUGCGGAGCGUCGAGCCCUUGGACUAUGACACAAACGAGGGGACGCCGUACCAGACGGCGGCGACGUCCCGGACACCAUCAAUGGGCCGGAGCCCGUCGCACCACCGGCUGCGGCAGUUCUCCCAAGAGCUGAAGGCGGAGCUGAGGCGGACUUGGGGACACGUCUAUGGCUCCCGGAACGACGCGGCGCUCGCGGCCAGGGCGCUGCGCCGGCAGCGGGCCGAGCUCGACCGGGCGCAAUCCGGUGCGCAGAAGGCGCUCAGGGGGCUCCGGUUCAUCAGCAGGAGCGGCAACAACGGCGUGGACGCCUGGGAGGAUGUCGAAGCCAACUUCGAGGCACUCUCCAAUGACGGGUGGCUCCACCGGACCGACUUCGCUCAGUGCAUCGGGAUGAAGGACUCGAAGGAGUUCGCACUGGAGCUGUUCGACGCGUUGAGCCGGCGGCGGAGAUUGAACGCGAUCGAGAAGAUAACGAAGGACGAUCUCUAUGAGUUCUGGUCCCAGAUAACCGAUCAGAGCUUCGAUUCUCGGCUUCAGAUUUUCUUCGACAUGGUCGACAAGAACGAAGAUGGAAGAAUUACUGAAGAAGAAGUCAAAGAGAUCAUCAUGCUAAGCGCGUCCGCGAACAAGUUGUCGAGGUUGAACGAGCAGGCCGAGGAGUACGCGGCACUCAUCAUGGAAGAGCUCGAUCCAGAGAGGCUCGGCUACAUCGAGCUAUGGCAACUAGAGACUCUGCUCCUCCAGAAGGACACCUACUUUAACUACAGCCAAGCACUGAGCUACACAAGCGGUGGAUUGAGCCAGAACAUCGGCCUGCGAAAGAGGAGCCCGAUCAGGAACCUGAGCAGCAAGGUGUUGUACAUGCUGGAUGAGAACUGGCAGAGGAUAUGGGUGUUAGCUCUCUGGCUGUUGGCCAUGGCUGGGUUGUUCACAUGGAAGUUCAUUCAGUACAAGAACAGGGCUGCUUUCUUGAUAAUGGGCUAUUGCCUCCCAACCGCCAAGGGGGCGGCAGAGACACUCAAGCUCAACAUGGCCCUGAUUCUGUUGCCAGUGUCCAGGAAUACCAUCACUUGGCUGAGGUCCACCAGGCUUGGUCACUUCGUUCCCUUUGAUGACAACAUAAACUUCCAUAAGACAAUUGCAGGAGCAAUCGUCAUUGGUGUCUUAUUGCAUGCUGGAAAUCACCUUGCUUGUGACUUUCCUAGAUUGGUUUCAUCAUCAGACACCGACUAUUUGAAAAUAAAAGAUGAUUUUGGUGGCGUGAAACCAACCUAUAUGUCUCUAGUGAAGGGGAUAGAAGGGAUAACAGGAGUCCUCAUGGUGGUCUUUAUGUUCAUAGCAUUCGUUCUAGCAACCAGUUGGUUUAGAAGGAACACCUUGAAGCUUCCUUGGCCUUGCAACAGAUUAACAGGCUUCAAUGCCUUCUGGUACUCCCACCACCUCCUGGUACUCGUCUACAUCUUGCUCGUCAUCCACGGAAUCUUUCUAUAUCUUGCACACAAGUGGUACCAGAAGUCGACAUGGAUGUAUCUGGCAGUACCUGUUCUUCUAUAUGCAGGUGAAAGAACCCUCAGAGCAUUUAGGUCUGGUUUCUAUUCAGUCCGAAUUGAGAAGGUUGCCAUCUACCCUGGUAAUGUUCUAACGCUGCAAAUGUCAAAGCCUUCUGCAUUUCACUAUAAAAGUGGCCAAUACAUGUUCGUCCAGUGCCCUGCAGUUUCUCCUUUUGAAUGGCAUCCAUUCUCAAUCACUUCAGCUCCUGGGGAUGACUAUUUGAGCAUACAUAUUCGUGAAUUAGGAGAUUGGACGCAGGAACUAAGGCAGAUCUUUUCAGAGGUAUGUGAGCCUCCUAUAUCUGGAAAAAGUGGCCUCCUCAGAGCAGAUGAGUCCACCAAAAAAAGUCUGCCAAAGCUGCUAAUUGACGGUCCCUAUGGAGCCCCAGCGCAAGAUUACAGAAAAUACGAUGUUCUGCUAUUGGUAGGUCUGGGAAUCGGAGCAACACCAUUCAUCAGUAUACUGAAGGACCUAUUGAAUAAUCUGAUCAAAACUGACGAGUCAUCUCAGACAGAACUGAACCCACAUUCUGAGGGCUCAAUGGAAGAGAGCUUAAGAGGCAAGGACAUCGAGUCAGGGAGUAGGAUCAUGCAUGGCCUGAGGAAGAAAAAGUCUUUGAAGACCACAAAUGCAUACUUUUAUUGGAUUACUAGAGAGCAAGGUUCAUUCGACUGGUUCAAAGGUGUCAUGAAUGAAAUUGCUGAAAUGGAUCAGAAGGGUAUCAUAGAAAUGCAUAACUACUUGACGAGUGUCUAUGAGGAAGGUGACGCUCGUUCUGCACUAAUCACCAUGGUGCAAGCACUGAAUCACGCGAAACAUGGAGUCGACAUCGUAUCAGGAACAAGAGUGCGGACCCACUUCGCGAAGCCCAGGUGGAAGAAGGUUUUCUCUCGAAUCUCAUCAAAGCAUCCUGAAGCAAGGAUUGGAGUCUUCUACUGUGGGGCACCCAUCUUAGCCAAGGAGCUGAACAUCCUCUGCCACGAGUACAACCAGAAAGGCUUCAACCGUUUCGACUUCCACAAGGAACACUUUUGAUCUUCCCUCUCCAGUGCCAAUCUCCGGCGACGCCUUACGUCGGAAUACGUCCCCGUAAUGUACAGAGAGAGCAUUUUUCGGGACACCAAAUUUGUUAAAGUAGAUAUCAUAUUAUUGUUUGUGUAACUAAAGUGAAACCCUGAAUAGGCUUCAGUCGUCGUCCACCGGCGUCUCGCCGGAGCCGUUCGGAAAUUGUAAGUAGCUUGUCAUAUAUGGCCGCGUUAUAAUGAUACUAAAAAAAAACGUGAUUAGCAUGGCAGUGCAAAGCUCCAAAUGCUGGCCACCUGUUGCUUCUUGAUCCGCUGGAGUCUUGUGACACUAGUAACAGUAAAGAAGCAAGUAAUUUUUGAUGA